AUGUCGGGUAAUAAUUUGAGGAAUUUCGUGGGGUUUCUAUGGCUGCUGGCGAUAAAAGAUCACGGGAGCACACACAGAUUUUAUCUACUGCUUGUAGAACGUUUCAUCUCAUUAGUCUUGAGCUUCCAGAUUAUUGGGAGGGACGUGAAAAUCAAGAAUAAUAACAAUGGCGGAGGUAACAAAUGUGACCGAGUACCAGGCUAUUGCCAAAGAGAAACUGCCAAAGAUGGCAUACGAUUACUAUGCAUCUGGCCCCGAAUUCUGAUUGAUGUCAGCAAGAUUGACAUGACUACAUCUGUUUUGGGCUUCAAGAUUUCAAUGCCAAUCAUGAUUGCCCCAACUGCCUUUCAGAAAAUGGCUCAUCCGGAUGGGGAAUAUGCAACUGCUAGAGCUGCUUCAGCAGCUAACACAAUCAUGACAUUGUCGUCAUGGGCCACUUCCAGUGUCGAGGAAGUAGCUUCAACCGGACCCGGCAUUCGAUUCUUCCAGCUUUAUGUCUACAAGGAUAGGAAUGUCGUGGCUCAGCUCGUAAGGCGAGCUGAAAAGGCUGGUUUUAAGGCCAUUGCACUUACUAAUUUCGAGGGUUUGGAUCUUGGGAAGAUGGAUGAAGCUGCUGAUUCUGGGUUAGCUUCAUAUGUUGCGGGUCAAAUUGAUCGCACUUUGAGCUGGCAGGAUGUGAAGUGGCUACAAACAAUUACUUCACUGCCUAUUCUGGUCAAAGGUGUACUCACUGCUGAAGAUGCAAGGAUCUCCAUUCAGAAUGGAGCAGCGGGUAUUAUUGUGUCGAACCACGGUGCUCGCCAGCUGGAUUACGUGCCUUCAACUAUCCAGGCUCUUGAAGAGGUCGUCAAAGCUGCACAAGGCCGAGUUCCCGUCUUCUUGGAUGGUGGGGUCCGUCGCGGGACGGAUGUUUUCAAGGCAUUGGCACUCGGAGCCUCUGGCAUUUUUAUUGGGCGACCUGUCGUAUUCUCAUUGGCUGCUGAUGGAGAAGCCGGCGUGAAGAAAGUGCUUCAGAUGUUGAAAGAUGAGUUUGAGCUGACAAUGGCAUUAAGUGGCUGCCGUUCGUUGAGUGAGAUAACUCGAGACCACAUCGUAACCGAGUGGGAUGCUCCACGGGCCCUACCUGCUGCCAGGCUGUAAGUUGCCGAGAGCCUCGAAUAACCAGAUUCGGUUGGAUUCGGAUCCGGAUUUGGGUUUUUAUUUUGUUAUAUUGAAAUGGUUCUGGAAUAUGUAAUUGAAAAUGAAAAAAGGGCUUUUGAAUGGUGAUGGACAAAGUAUAUGUUUUUGCUAAUUCUGGAAAAAAUUUACCUUUGUUUUGUAUAUUAUUGUUGAUUCAUGCAUAAUGGUUUUGUUUGUUUGUAUAUUAUUUUUUUGUUCAUGCACAAUGGUUAUAACCUGUAGCUUAUUAUCUUGAAAGCAUAGAUCAUUGAUGACGUGUGGGGGGGACGCAGGCCUAAAAAACACGAGGGGC